AUUCUUUUGAUAUAUUUUCAAUAGUUACACGCUUCGCAAACCAGAAUCACCUUCUUGUUUAAUUCACACUUAUAUUCUAAACAUGCCGACAAAGAGAGUCCGUCAAAACGACUGUGCGCAGCCAGUUACCGCAAAGCGGCAGAGGCGACAGAUGAACGCUUCUCAGCCAACAAACACAAAGAGAAAGGCUGCCGCGGUCUCCAAGCAGGCACCGUCAGGCAAGAGAGCAAGGAAAAACGCGGAUACUGCUGCUAACGCCGCGCAGCCGCAAAACAACAGAAAACACGUGUACAAGAAGAAAGCAGCCCCACGCCAGAAAAAAGCCCAGCUUGUGCCUAUUACGCCGUCCGAUAGCAGCAACACAAAAGAAGGCAAUCCAGCUGGUGACAAGCAGGCCGACACAGCACCCGGCUCUUGUCUCAGCAGCGCCCACGUUGAUGCCAAGCCCAGCUCGUCGGAAAGACAAAAGAUGCUUGAGCGUAUGGAGCCGGCUAUGCGCGAGUUAAAGCGACACCUCAGCGGACCACAUCCCAGCGUCGUCAAACUGGCAGCACCAGUGGCUGCGGAAUACAAGCAGAGGGCGGCCACGGUUGCUGAUAUUGUUUACCGGGCCAUGGGGCAGCUUUCAUCUGGCUCCAAGCACACGCCGGCUGGCGACCUGGCUAUUAUAGAAGAGCUCAUCAACGCCGACUCGGUCUGGCCCGUUCGGCUAGCUCGCUCGAACUACGCCGCCAUUGAUUAUUUGGCGAGCAGGCUCAGGCAGGACUACGAUGCGCUUUCCAGGUGGACAGGCGCACACACAUCUGGCGACCACAGCAGCAGCAUUGGCGACGUAAGCAAGGGUGCCGAGUCAUUUACCUCGUUCGUAUCUCGUAUUAUUCAGGGGCUGCAUCAGCAUGCCAAGGGAGGGCAAGGACGCCCCGAGCCACGCCGGGUGCUCAUUCCGUCCAUUGCGCCAGUCAGCACUACAGAUACUAGAGAAGAGUGCACCCGCCAGACCACUGUUCGGAUUGGCUUGGGAAUCGACUCUACGCUGGCCACUGUCGCUACGACCGACAGCUCCGAGGCAACGUUGGACGGCAAUGUAGACGCAAUCGACAACAACGACGAGUGGUACGCCGGUCUGUUUGCCGCCAUCGAGGUCGGGCAAGGCUUGUCGUCGGGUGACGUGGACGAUGCCGCGUUGCAGCUGUCUAAGCACUGUCGCCGCAUUUAUCGCGCGCAGCCCAACCGGCGCUUUGUGUGGGGCCUGACUAUUUGCGGCAGCUCUGUCCGGGCAUACUUGUUUGGAUGCAACUUUGUUCUGGUCUCUGAAGCCAUGGACAUUUGCACCGAGGCGGGCCGCGGCGAGGUCAUCAAGCUGUUUGUUAAUUUGUCCUUUAGCGAGGACCACCGGCUGGGUUUCGACCCAAGCAUUAAGCACUUGCAUGACCUCGACUGUUGGGAGAUUACGGUUCCCAGAACAGUUGCCACGGACAGCACUGAUGGCACGGACAACAGCGGUGGCAAUGCCAGUUCUUAUGGAUCUAUUGGAUCUACUGAACGCACAUUCUACAGUAGCCACAUAUUAACUGAGGCUAGUCAUUUGUUUGGGCGGCUCACGCGGUGCUUUUUAGCAACGGAUAAGAAGCCAACCAGAGACAGUCGCAUCAGAAGCAAGGACUGCACCGUUUUUAUCAAGGACGCUUGGACCGAGGUGGCUGAUGGAAGUGGUAUCAAUGACGUGCGCGACGAGGUUGCCCAUUUGCGCAAGAUCACCCGGAUACUCGAGUGCUAUCCAGAGCUUGCGGGCACAUAUCCAGUCCUCGAAGCCGGCGGUCGCAUUAAAUUCCAGAGUUGCAGCAGCAAUACAUGUACUGAGGACACGACGCGCAGCAUUCUUGGGGACCUAUUUGACAAUGUCACAGUCGGCGAGAAGAUUCGGAAGCUGCCAUUUUGUGCACACAAGCGCAUUGCCACGUCGCCGAUUGGCAUGCCACUUGAUAAGCUCCAGUCUGUCCCUGAGCUGAUCAUCGCUGUUGCUGAUGCUAUGCGCGCUCACCACGCCAUUGCCGAGCACUGUAAUAUAUUGCACCGUGAUAUCUCAGCAGGCAACUUUCUUUUCCAGCGUAUGGUGGAUGGCACCGUCAAGGGCAUGUUGAUUGAUUUUGACCAUGCAAUCGACUGCGAGAAUCUGGACAUGAUGCCACAAAACGAGCAUAUCGGCACACUGAAUUUCAUGAGCGUGAACAACCUCGAGGGCAACAACAACAGGCGUACCGAGCUUGACGACUGGGAGGCACUGAUUUAUGUCUUGGUGUGGCUCGGGACAUUUGGGCUCAAUGGCACGCCUAAACAUGACAGUGACGCAGAUGAGCACAGAAGGAUUGCAGCUGCUAAAAUCAAGUAUUGGGUUGACGGCACAACAUUGAAGGACAUUGCCAGCUACAAGCGCGACAAUUUGGACAGCAGUUUCAUGUUUAAAUCUAUCCUCAACCAGUUUGAUAUUAGGGUGGAUUAUAUCAAUGUUCUUGCAGGGUUGUUGAGCAUGAUGCGCAAUAUUCUAAUCGACAAUGCGGGAUGCAGUGAGAAUGGCAGGGGUGCAAAUAUGAAACAGCCUUUUAACCAUGGCAACUGUGAAUCAUCCGCCUCAAAAGUCACGCCCAGUUCACUUUCUUCGUCAUCCAUAUUUGCACUGUUGGCUGAAUGGCAAGAAGCUAUGGACACUCCAAUGAUUGAUCCGUUUAAGGUGCGUGCUGACAUGGCACCAACUAUUGCCAAAGAGCUGUUGGCCAUGUUGGAGGAUGCUGCUGAGUGUUGCCGAGAAUUAUUGAACAAGACAGGAACUGAGAGCAGCGAGCCAAACGCGAUGAACUAGCUAAUUUGUUUAUUUUUAGGGAGG